AUGCCAACUUCGGUUAAUGCAAUUGAAAAGGCUAAUGUAUUGAGAAAGGAGUUUUUGGAAAUAGAAAUAAAUCAUGACGAAUUGCUAUCUAUUGAAUAAUUUUAUAGAUGCUUAGAUAAGAAAGUAUAAUCUGCUACAAAAUUUAGUUGAGAAGACAAUUUGAUAGAGAAUUAGGAGAUCAAUUAUAUUAAAGAAUGAACAAAAGUUUUAACAAUAAAGUCACAGUGGAUGAAUUUAUUAAAGUGUUUCUCCAAGCAGAGGAAAUCUUAAAGAAUAAAAUAGAAGGCUGUAAAAAGCAGAUUUUAGAUUAUAAUAAAUAAAGAAAAUAUGUAUCAAACUAAUUUGAUGUAUUUAUUAUCAAUAAAGAAUUAAGUCAAUAAAAGAUAGUGAAAGAGUUAACUAAUACGGAAUAAAAGAGGACAGUUAUUUGACAGUUGAAUUGUUAGAUGGAAUCAAUUUCCCAGCAUAAAAUGUAUCAGUAAUUGUAAAAUUGGAAAAUUAAAAACAAGAAAUUCAUCAGCAAAAUGGGCCAUCUCCAUAAUGGAAUAAAACGCUUAAUUUGUAUCUUUUUUCAUUAUGUUAGUAAAAUUUCAACUGGCCUUGAAGAAUUAUAAUUAUUCUUUUACACCAUAAACCAUCCAAACAUACCGCAAUUAUUAGGAACUGUGACUUUGUCAUUAUCACAUUUGACUAAUCAAACAAAAAUUGAAGAUUGCUGCCAGUUAUUUGAUAAAAAUGGAUAGCAAACUUAGACCAAAAUUAAGUUGAGAUCUCAAUGGAUAUUUAAUGAAUCUAAAUCGUUAAGCCAAUAAAUUGAAGUUUGCAAUGACUAAAUAAAGACUGCCUAAGAUGACUUAAUUGAUUUUGAAAAAGAUCUUGCAACUCUGUAUGAACCUUUUCCAAAUUAUGUUUAAUUAAUUCGAAGUAUUGAGAAGGAAGAUCUAGCCAUUAACCACUAACCUCCAAAUACUUUUGUGAUGACCCCAAUUAAUAAUGUUAGCUCUUAAUAUGAUUACAAAUUAUACACUCGAUUAAGUAUAUUAAUUGUAAUGGGACUUAGUGUAUUCAUUUGCUUUGGCAAAUCUUAGUUUCUGGAUGUAAAUAUUAAUACCUAACCUCUAUAUAGUUGGUUAUAUGCUUUUUCUUCAUCAUUGAAUUUGAAUUCAAUAGACUUUACAGAUAGCGUUUGAUAUACUAUUCGAUAGCUGUGGGGAUUUCAUUGCUAUGUGAUUUGGUGUGGGCAAUCAAGUAUUCCAGAGGAUUUUGGGGGAGUGAAGACUCUGAAACCGAUAAAUACUAUGCCAUAGAGAAGGGUCCCAAUAGAUUAGCCUUAAUUUUAAUCUUUGUGUCUUUCAUAUUUAAAGUAAAUUCUAGGGUAAUAUCAUAGCUAAUUUUAUGUGCUCUUUUAGGAGCAUUAAGCCAGGAUAUGCCUGAAAAAUUAGAGGAACAAUUACCCAAUAAAAACAAAUAAAUGAAAUAAUAAUCGUUCUAUUAAAAAAAUAAGACUGCUUAAUUUGGUGAGGAUAAUAGUACAUUUUACAAUUAUUGA